AUGUCCAAAGACAAAAUGGCGUCUUCAAAGGAACACUCGAAAAAAGUGAAGCGCCGUCACGACACUUCCGAAGACGGGAGCAAAUCGUCCAAGCACCGAUCAAGCGAAAAGCAAGACAAGCCCAAGAAGCAAAAGACCGUCCCCGAAGAGACUCAAGAUGAUCCCGUUGAAGAUCCCACCGAAUUGGACCAAGAAGUCGAAUAUGAGAAAACCGACGAAAGUGCUGAACAGGACAAUCUUGCGGACCUCCCAUCUGCCAAUGCCGUUUCGCUGCCCCAGACCGGCGAGUCCAUGCCGGUCAAAUUUACCGACCUGACGCUGUCGGAAAAGACGAUGGAAGCUAUCAAGGAAAUGGGAUUCGAGACCAUGACUGAAAUUCAGCAAAGGGCCAUUCCGCCUUUGAUGGCUGGUCGCGAUGUGCUCGGAGCUGCAAAGACCGGAUCGGGGAAGACGUUGGCUUUCUUGAUCCCUGCCAUUGAAUUGCUACACAGCCUGAAGUUCAAGCCUAGAAACGGUACCGGUGUGCUUAUCCUGUCGCCGACCAGAGAGCUUGCGCUGCAGAUUUGGGGUGUCGCUCGACAAUUGCUGGACAAACACACCCAAACACAUGGAAUUGUGAUGGGAGGAGCCAACAGAAGAGCAGAAGCUGAGAAAAUUGAGAAGGGUGUCAAUUUGAUGGUCGCAACCCCCGGACGCCUACUCGAUCACUUGCAAAAUACAAAGGGAUUCGUAUUUAAGAAUCUGCGCCAACUUGUUAUAGAUGAAGCGGAUCGUAUUUUGGAAAUCGGUUUCGAAGACGAAAUGAAACAAAUUAUCAAAAUCCUCGGCAACGGAGAACGACAGACAUCCCUCUUCUCGGCCACACAGACGACCAAAGUCGAAGAUCUGGCCCGCAUCUCGCUCAGACAAGGCCCGUUGUAUAUUAACGUCGUGCCACGUCUUGAAAACGCCACUGUCGACCGACUCGAACAGGGCUACGUAAUGUGUGAACCGGACAAGCGAUUCCUUUUGCUAUUCUCUUUCCUGAAGAGGAACCUGAAAAAGAAGGUCCUUGUCUUCUUCUCGAGUUGCAACUCGGUCAAUUACUACUCCGAGCUCCUCAACUAUAUAGAUCUUCCGGUCUUGUCGAUUCAUGGCAAACAGAAACAGCAAAAACGCACAUCCACCUUUUUUGAGUUUGUUAACAGCGAGAGAGGUAUCCUUAUCUGCACUGAUGUGGCUGCACGAGGUCUUGAUAUUCCCGAGAUUGAUUAUGUUGUCCAAUAUGAUCCUCCUGAUGACCCACGCGACUACAUCCACCGAGUCGGUCGUACUGCUCGUGGCGCCAAAGCAAAGGGUCGCAGUCUGAUGUUUUUGCAACCGUCCGAAAUGGGAUUCCUCACGCAUUUGAAAGAAGCAAAAGUACCGGUCGUCGAAUUCGAGUUCCCGCAGAAGAAGAUUAUCAACGUUCAAUCCCAACUUGAAAAACUUAUCUCCCAGAAUUAUUAUCUCAACAAAUCCGCCAAAGAAGGCUAUCGCUCGUACCUCAACGCAUACGCAUCACACUCUCUGCGUUCGGUAUUCGACGUCAACAGACUGGAUCUUGUCAAGGUUGCAAGGAGCUUCGGAUUCUCUACACCACCCAGAGUUGAUAUCACACUCGGAGCCAGCAUGAGCAGGGACAAGAAGGCGCCAACAAGGAGAGCAUACGGUAGCCAGCCCAAACAGGCGGCCCGCUUCAAGCGGAAGCGUGAUGACUGA